AUGGCCGACCCAGAUGCGCCUGUCGUCACCGUUCCCGGCGUAGACGAACUCAACCUCUUCUCUUUCAAACACGACGUCUACCCUCUCAUUGACCCUGCCUCGCACUUCACCUCCAAAUCAUACACGGGCAAGACCGUCCUCAUCACCGGCGGCUCGACCGGCAUCGGCGCCACAGCGGCCCAAUUCUACGCACGCGCCGGAGCGAACCUCGUCCUCGUCGCGCGCAACGCGUCCCGCUUGCAUGAAGCCAAGUCCGAGAUUGAGAAGGUCGCGCCGGGUGCGAAGGUCGAGGUUGUUGUAGGCGAUAUCAGCGAGGUCGGGACAGGCAAGGAGGCGGUGAAGGUUGCGGUGGAGAAGUUCGGCGGGGUGGACGUUGUGAUCGCGAACCAGUUCGUGCAGAUACGAGGGCCUAUGACCAGACUUGGAGACCUUGAUCCCUCGGAAUGGUGGAAGACGCAAGAGGUGAACGUGCGAGGCACUCUCAACAUCGUCCACGCGGCUAUCCCCGAACUACUCAAAACCAAAGGUCAAGUCAUAGUAACAACUUCCCAAGCCGCACACCUCCGCUUCGCUGCUAUAGCGGACUACUGCAUCAGUAAGCACACCCUCAACCGCUUCGUCGAGAUCCUCGCGCUCGAUUACCCAGAGCUCUCAUUCUACGCCGUCCACCCUGGCAUAAUUUGGACACCAGGCUCAACCGAGUCCGUACGGGCAAUGGGCUUCCACGACAGCGUGACUAUGCCCGACACGCUCGAGUUGCCCGCCGCGACGUUCUUGUGGCUUACGGCGAGGAACGCAGAGUUUCUGAGCGGGAGAUACGUCCAGGCGACUUGGGAUUUGGGAGAGGUGGUGGCGAAGCAGGAGGAGAUUGUGAAGGGGAACUUGUUGGUUACGAAGCUUGCCGGGCCGGCAAAGGUCAUACAGUGA